GGCCUUGUUGACUUGGGACCGAAUCUUUGGGUACCUUGUGUAACCAUCGAAACCGCGUCGCAGUGGCCUGCUCAAAGGAAGACCGCAAGACCGCCAUGCUCCUCAAAGGAGUGAUUCUUCUCACUUUCCUUUCGUCCACAGCCGCUUAUCGGCCAGCCAAAGACAGGGCUCUUCCCGACCUCGAAGGUGGUCCGAAGUCUCUUUCCAGCGAAGAAGUCAAGUCGGAGGCCAUGUCCGACUCAGAGACAAAGGACGAGAUGUCAGACCAAGAAGGACGCUUGAAGAAUGUGACAUUGCCGACUGGCUACAUUGGUUGGGUGGUCGAGCCUUCCUCUGGCAAAAUCGUGAACGUGAAGCAAGGGACAGCAGCAGAGGUGCUUGGGCUGCAAGCAGGACAGCAUAUUAUCAACGUGCAGGAAAGACAAUACACCUUUGCCGCUUUGGCCGAAGCUCGCAAAAAGGCAGAUGAAUUCAACCAGACCCUAUCAAUCACAGUCAUGACACCAUCCAGGAUGGAACAAGCAGUAGCUUGGGUCCACUAUUGCAUGUCGAUGCCUUCGGGCUUUGUUGGCUGUUUGUUGACGUUAAGUUUGCCAUGGAUGAUAUACCAAAGCAUGAGCAACGGACUUUACAGCAAAGCUUCCAGCAGACCUGUGCUUUUUGCAAUUCUAAGCAGUGCAAUCGGACAUUGUUUGGGGAGAAUAGCCAGAGCCUUGCUGGAAUGGCGCUCUUUAACAUUUGGAGGGAUGAUCCAGAUAGCUGGAGACCAGACAGUUUACCUGGGCCUUGCGUUGGGCUGCCUCGCCAUGGGUGGGAACCAGUUUCUGAACAAACCUUUGCCCAAAGACAUCUCCACGAAGUUGAUACACGUUGAGAUGGUUGCUCUUCCUCCCUUUUGUGUGUUUGCCCUUUGCAGGACUGCAGUUUCUUUUCUGAUGAAUGAUCUUUUCUCUGGAGACUGCAACAUCAGCAAGCUCAUCAGAGGCUUUUCCGGUAUUCCCGAUUCAUCCCUCGUGCUCAUCAUCAACUUGUCUGUAUCGUGCCUGUGCAUCGCCGCCCGGCAGAAGAUGCUUGAAGUGACGGACACGCUCCCUGCGAACGGUGCAUUGUUCGAGGGAUGCAUCCAAAAGCCUUGCGCCAAGCUGGUGCAAGAAGUACCAGCACAGUUGUCGCCCUGGGGAUUGCCAAUUGUCUUGGUGAGUUUCCCCGCACUGCUGGGUGGAACCUUUCAUUUUCACAAGCAAUGGAUGAAAAUGCUGGCGCGGGAGAGUGACUUUGGGUCCUUGCUGCACUGGUGUAGCCUCUUCCAACAUGCUUCCUGGAUUGCAGGUGGUUUUCUGCUGGUUGCCUGUCCACUCACGAUUCUCUCAUCUGGGCUUGAAGAAGUGGAAACUCGCCUCAAUGAAGAAAGAAUGCGCACUCCAUCCAGCCACGUCGAGAUCAAGGCGGUGGAGGCGAUGUUCAGAGAGGUGAACCAUGGACAGGGAUGGGGCAUCCCAGUGGUCAAAGGCUUUGUUCUCAAUAAAACUAUGAUUCAAGCACUGCUGCUGCGAGUUUUGGUGGCAGCAACGGUGAUCAAAACAUUUCUUGACCGCCAGCUUGGCUUUCAGAAGGAGGAACAGGACGACUUGAAUACGGAGCUUGAUGUCAUAGCGAACCAGGCGGUUACGAACAUCACCAACUUCAUCAGCAAUCAGACCUUGGGUAACCUGACGGCGCUCACUGCAGAGAUUCUGAAGAACCGCAACGUCACCGCGUGAUGCGUUGGUCAGGAAGAA